CCAAUCUCGCCGUGUUUCAUUACCCUAUCCUACCGUUCACUUAUACAUGCACAAGAUCGAGUCUUGAAGUGUGGUGACGACUAGUUUCAGACAUGCCACGGCAGCAAUUCAAGAAGCAGAUACAUAUGUUUGUGUUAGCUGUCAAUCACCGUGCAGAUUUUCACUCCUGAAAGGGGAAACUCAGCUCCCAACAUUGUUCCCUACCUUCCCUGGACGCGUCAAGCCGCUCCUGUUGGUCGGAGAGGGUCCGAUCCUCCUCCACUUCCAGUAACCUAAACGGCCCGGACCUGCGUGGAAGCAAUCCUAUCUUUUUCUCGAACCAUCAAAUCCUUCACCAGCAACCGGGUUGAAGAAGACCAAACGCAACCAACGCUUUCGUAUUCACAAUCUGACAUCAAAGGGCAGUGCAAUUCUGUCCGGUCAAGAAAAAUCGUUCCACAUAUACAUACAUCUAAAUAAACCCAACCCAAACCGCCAACAUGGGUUUCCUCGGCGAGGGUUUCAUGUUCUCCAGUCGUUCAUCAAAGUCGAAAAGGCCAAAGCCUUCGCAUCGGUCCUCAUCCUCCAGGCAAAGUAGGGAACAAAUCGAACCCAAGGAACGAGACCGGGAGCUCAAGACACGAGAGAGAGAACGAGAACGGGAAUCCAGGGAACGAGAGCGAGAACUAGAACGUCAGCAAGAACGGGAGAGGGAUCGUGAACGGGAGCGGCCACCACCACCACCACCAAAGGCCCCCUUUUCUCCUCCAGAUGCCAGUAACAGCAGCGGGAAAAGACGGAGGCAGGAAAUGUACAGCAGGGAGAGUUAUAGAGCGGAUGAAAGGGCAGCAGUACCGAGAGGAGGACCUGACGGGAGGGAAGGAGCAGAAGGAGGAGCAGGAGGCCUAGUCGGCUUCUUAGCCUCUCUCCUCCUCGGCGACGACGAUGACCUUGACGGCAUGGGCUACGGAAGCGACUCCGACUCUGACAACCCGCGGCGCUCAUUUCCCAAGACUCCCAAGUCCCGUGGCGGGCAUGGGUAUGUCGAUUCAGACAUGUACGGCGACGAUGCACCUCCACGCGACUACUUUUCCCUUUCUCGAAGGACCAGCAGCCGACUGAUUGACCCUCUCGGCGGCGGCGGCGGUGGUGGUACCCCGCGCAGCAGUCACGGUGGCAGACCGGAAAAGCCUCCCAAACGGCCAUCGUUCUUUAAAUCCUUUUCCUCAUCAGGCAGGCGAAGUUCCUUUUUUGCCAAAUUCCGCCGAUCAUCGUCCUCCUCCUCCUCCUUCUACAAACGCUCUCCCCGCCCUCGCCUCAUCAAAAAGCUCCUGAAGAAACUCAAGCGUCUCCUCCGCGACCUGGCCUACUACGCCCAGCGACACCCGAUGAAAGUCUUUAUGCUUGCCAUUAUGCCGCUCAUCACCGGCGGCGCCCUGACGGGUUUACUCGCUAAACUGGGCAUCCGCCUCCCCAAAAUCGUUGACAGACUGCUGGCGCUAGCGGCCAAGUACUCUGCUGGCGACUCGCUGGGUGCCGUAGGGGAAGUGGCGAGGUUGGCGAGGGAUGGGAUUGGUCUUGGUGGUGGUUCCGGUGGUGGUUCCGGCGGCGUCGGUGGUGGUAGUAGGAGUGGCGGUGGCGCGGGGGCGGCAGCGGCAAUGAUGGGGGAUGCAUUAGCAAGAGGGUUUAACACGACUCAAGUUGAAAGAGGUCGGAGAGGAGACGGGUCGGUGUGGGAGAAGAGGACGAUGGAGAGAGAUGGGGUGUUCAAUGGGUCUGGAGGACCGGGGUUGAGUUGGCAGGAAGGGUUGAGGAGUGUUUUGAAGAUGUUAUCGGAAUAGGAUGGAGGAAGGCUGACUGACAAGGGUGGGCAUGUCUAAAUAUUUGGGUGUUUUUGGCGUUCCACGAGCCGGGCAGAAACGAUUUCCGGGGGGGUUAUGUUGUAUGUGGUACAUGAGGUACGAGACAUGGAUGGUUUGCGGCAUCUAUACUUACUUUCUUGCUUGGAACUUGGUUUGUGGUGGCCCUCGGCGGUUUUCAGCUGGUUACGGAGCAAUAUUGAGUCUUCUGCACC